AUGUGGGUGCCGCCGUCAUGGUGCUCCAGCUUUAGCUCAAUCCAAGACAUGGUUGGCACCCGGCACAAGAAGCUGACAAAAAUUCAACGGGGCUUGAAUGGCUUUCAUGCGCGAAGUGACCAGUGCACAAGCCGUUUCGCUCUCAAUGUUCUUAUAAGUAUAUCGUUACUGCUGGGGAUUUGCCAGAUCAUGCUUGAGUGGUCAAGCAUUGAUGGCGAGGCAGAUGGCCUCCCGAAAGCGGAGACGGUGCAGCAGUUCAGGCUUGUCUCUGCCGAUCUCCCCCUCAAAGUCGACAGGCAUGCCCUGGCUUUGGACAUGAAGGACGAGCUGUUGCCCUCCCUGGUGUACGCAGAGGACCUGUUGUCAGGUCCCGCACAUGGCAUGGGGAGGCCGAGGAGCGUCCUGGAUUGCACCUCCCAGCAUGAGGAAGGUGCGGAGCCCAUGCGAGUUAAGAUGGUGGGCAGAAGCGACGAAGCUUUGGACGACAUAGAUCCAGUGGCCCAUGGGCCUGAGUUGUGCUCGGCUGCCACAGGACACGGUCCAUCCGACGAGCCAGGCAUGCCUGCUGAGUGGCUGCAGGUCACGACCAUCAUGAUGCGAAACUUGCCUAACAAGUACACGCAGCGAAUGCUCCUUAUGGAGGUGAAUCAUGCUGGAUUUUUUGGAAGCUUCGACUUCUUCUACCUUCCGAUUGAUACAGAAACGGGGGCGAACAGGGGUUACGCCUUCUUGAACUUCCUGGAUCCUGCGCUGGCAUGGACGUUUCGCAUGAUGUAUGAAGGCUGCAAGAUGAACCGUUUCAACUCCAGCAAGAUCAUAACCAUCGUGCCGGCGACCCUCCAGGGCUUCGAGGCGAACUACAUGCACUACGCCUUUGCCCGGGUCAGUCGCGGGGACCUAGCCGCGAGGCCACUCUUCCUGAGAGACACGAAGGCUUCACUACUAGGGGCUCAAGAAGCUCUUAGUCCAUGUCGAGCAGGCGGAAGAUCAGGUGAGGAAGCUUGGUAUGCUCCUCUGCCCAUGUACGAGGAGGCCAAUCCGAUGUGGAGCGAAAGCGACAGCUCUGGCACGAGAGAGGAUGCCGAGGCACCGCUGCGUGCUGCCGGCUACGUACCCAAGUUUUGCUCACAAUGCGGUGGACGCAUUCAGCUGAUAUUUGCUUUCUGUCCAAGUUGUGGCCAAGCUCUCGAUUUCAGCUGA